GGGGCUCUGCUGGCGAGAGCAACCAGUGUGAUUGUGGAUAUCCUGAGUUGUCUCGAAAAAAUAGUGAAUUGAAGUGCUACUCGAGUCGGAUACCGUGUAGAGAACCGAAGACGCCAACUGUCCGUUUCCGAAUUUAUCAGUAGUCCUGAACGUGAAUUCCUGAUCCUCAUACCGCAUAAUGUCUGUACCGCAAGAAAUUCUCGAUGAUUUAGGAAGUCGAUUUUUGAUCCAUCUUCCUCCGGAGGAGAAAAAGGACCCUACUCGCCUGUGCUUCCAGGUCGAGCUCGCCUAUUGGUUCUACCUGGACUAUUACGCAGGAGAAGGGAGCUUGCUACCAUCUCUAUCUAUGAGUCAGUUCACUUUUGAGCUUUUCUCGCACAUACCCGGCAUGGCGAAAUUCGCGAAGCGGACGGACGAAAUAAUUGCGACGUGGAAACAGUUCAAGUUUGCCGUUCCAACGUUCGGUUGCAUUAUGAUUGACGAUGCCUAUGAGAAGGUGCUGCUCGUCCAGGGAUAUUGGAGCAAGAGUACCUGGGGUUUCCCGAAAGGCAAAAUCAAUGAAGGCGAAGAGCCCCAUCAUUGUGCCAUGCGCGAAGUUCAAGAAGAAACAGGCUUCGAUUGCUCGCAUCUCCUCAAAAAAAAUGUCUACCUCGAUCGACGAGUCGGUGAUCAUGACCAGCGUCUGUACAUUGUGCCAGGAGUAUCUCGCGAAACGAUUUUCUUACCACGAACCAAGAAAGAAAUCCGCUCAAUCCGCUGGUUCAACGUGUGCGAUCUUCCGGCUUUCAAGAAAGAUCCGACUCCGGCUGAAAGGCUCGGAAUGAAUUCUAAUCAUUUUUCAUGAUCAUGCCGUUUGUGAAACCUCUCCGAAAGUGGAUCAACUCGAGACGACAAUCUCUCGGAUUGAGCCUAUUACCGGCGCUCCCACAAUCCAAAGCAUCCGUCAGCAGCGUGUCGACCAAAGGCCCAGGGAGUUCCUCGAACAUAUCUUUGAAUGAAUCACUUCUCCAAACACUACUAUUGGAGGAAUUGACUGAUCUUAAAGCAGCGAAGGAACCACAGCAGAAAAAGAAGGCUAGAGGAGACAACGCCGCGAGAAAAUCUCUAACUAAAAUGUUCGAAGACGCCGCCCAGAAGCACGAGACGCAACAGAAGACCGCGCAACAACCUAAGCAGCUCAAACAAGUGAAAUCCGCGCACGCUACACCAAAUAAGGAUCAGGAAGAGAACGUACAACUUAAAAUCAUCAAACCUCGAUCGGAGAAGAAAUCGAGCCCGUCGAUUCCGCUGAAAAACAGAGCCGCUGUUCCAACAUUUUACGAGGUUCCUGAAUUCGAAAUACAGGCGUGGCAGGACUUCAAACUCAACUACGCGGAUUAUACUUCACUUGUGCAUUGAAUCCGAGGAGCUUCAUGAGUUCCCAUCAGCCACGUUAGUUGGAUGCACGUUACCUUCUCAUCUCUCAAUUAAAGUGCCUGAGUUCCCGGCACAAAGCAUCAUUCUGAGAGCCAAUUUUCAUUAACUCGUUCUAGCGGUGUGUAGACAUCGCGCGCUUCACUGCUCGAAGUGAAAAAGGGACUUUUUUUGUACAGGGUUGAAGUUUUUCUGUACACUUGUGAUUUGUAGAUUACGCGCCGAAGCAGCUGGAAGUGUCCAGAAGACGGUCAUGCAAUGUACAGAAACUGACUUGGUGUACAUCGUCUCUGCUUAUUUUCAUCAAAGGGACAUGAUUCUGUACUGUAAUGGUAAAGAUAUCGAAAAUGGCAUAUAUAAACGGGAAGGAAUUGUACUUUAA